GGCGCGCGGCGAUGUGAGCCAUGAGCGCGACGUGGACGCUGUCCCCCGAGCCGCUGCCGCCGUCGACGGGGCCCCCGGUGGGCGCGGGCCUGGACGCGGAGCAGCGCACGGUGUUCGCCUUCGUGCUCUGCCUGCUCGUGGUGCUGGUGCUGCUGAUGGUGCGCUGCGUGCGCAUCCUGCUCGACCCCUACAGCCGCAUGCCCGCCUCGUCCUGGACCGACCACAAGGAGGCGCUCGAGCGCGGGCAGUUCGACUACGCGCUGGUCUGAGCAGUGCGGGGUCUCUCUCCGAGGGCCGACCCGACGGGGGCAGCGCCAGGCUGGGAUAGCGCUCAGGACCCGCCCCAGCGCCUAGCCCGAGGGGGGAGGGCGUUCCAGGCCCGGCUCCUCCCCCUCAGACCCCUCCCAUCUCUCCUCCCGGCCAGGCCGGAGCCCCACUUCGUGCCUUUAUCCCGCCCCGUGCUCGCUUCAUAACUCGCCGGCUCCGCUGGUCCCCGACUGGGAAGAGGACCCCCACCCCCACCCCGGGCGUCUAGGUGGCUCUGCUAUUGUCCUGCCGCCGAGCAUGAGUGUCAUGUCCAUUCCUGGAUGCGGGGGACCCCCGUGUCCCCCCUCCCUCCCCUGUGGUCUGGCGAUCCUCACUCCUCCGCCCCCGACCCCCCCUUAAAUGUUGAGCUGCUCCUGCGGGGCAGGCUGUCCUGCGCCCGCGGGGUGGACGCUGCAAACCCCUAGGCCCUGCGCGGCCUGCCCCGGAGACGGAGACUGGAGCGCACCCAUGGCUGCGGUGCCUUCGGUGGGAGGAAGAGUGCGGGCAGGCUCCCCCGUACAGGCCAGCGUCCCUCCCUCAGUCACCACCUCUGCCCCUCAUUGGCCCUCCUGCCACUUCUCGCAUCCCCCGUGGCCUGCCCCACGCCUUCUCCCUCCUCCCUGCCAAUGAGCCGCUGGUGUCAAUAAAGCUAUUACUGAGCGCUUA